AUGGCAAAGAUUUUGUCAUUAGAUGCUGUGUACAAUGAGAGUGAUGUUGGCCCCCCAGGUGGCUCCAGGAUUGUGGGGGGCCAGGAGGCUGUGGAAGGGUCCUGGCCUUGGCAGGUCAGCAUCCAGCUCUUCAACACUCACUACUGUGGUGGCACCAUCCUGAACCCUCUAUGGGUGCUAUCCGCUGCCCACUGCUUCAUCAAAUAUCUUCAGAUCAACAGAAAAUAUUUCACUGUGGUGGCAGGCCUGACGACUCUGUCUCAGCCCGGUGAUAACGCACAGGUUCGCCACGUCACAGACAUCAGGGUACACAGUGGCUACGAUACAGAAUCCUCCGACAACGAUGUCGCUCUACUGCGCUUAGACGCUACAUGGUACUUCAGUGACUAUGUACACCCCAUCUGCAUCCCCAACAUCACAUUUGAAGAGGUCACACUCAACUUCAGCCACUGCUUCAUCUCAGGAUGGGGCAGCACCUACUACGGAGGGUCUGGAGUGAACAGAUUGCGGGAAGCAGAGGUGGAACUGAUUGACCAACGGACAUGUAACUUGAUCAACUGGUACAGCGGCAUGAUCACCGAAAACAUGAUCUGCGCUGGUUUGGAGAGCGGCGGGGUGGACUCAUGUCAGGGUGACAGCGGUGGGCCUCUACAGUGCUACAGUGAGGACCAGGGGAGAUUCUACCAACUGGGAGUGACCAGUUUUGGAUACGAGUGCGGACUCCCGUUCAAGCCAGGGGUGUAUUCGCGGAUCAGCAUGUUCUCAGAGUGGAUAAAGAAGACGCAGGAGAGGUCGGCAAGUGAAAAGUCCAGUCAAAGUCAGGUGUUGGUCAUCCUCAGUGCUGGAGUAGUGCUGCUGCAAAUCAGGCAAUAA